AUGGAAAAUAAUUUUCCCAAAAGUGAUCCAAAGGAGUGGACUAUAGUCACUCACGGAAGAAGUUCAAAUCCAAAAUCAACAAAACCUGAAGAUAAUACUUCAAUUCAACAAAACAUGGAAGGUUCUAAUUCCAAUCCAUAUAUUUUAUUAAGUGUUAAAGAAGAUGAAGAGGAUAAAGAAGAUGAAGAAGAUGACAAGUCUUCUUCAAAUGAAAAAGUUAUUCCUGAUGUUACAACAAAUUCAAAUACAGCUACAAAUUUUGCAAACAUAACCAGUAAUUCUAUGAUUUCCUUUGGAAUUCAGAAAAAGAAAAAAACGGUUUCACCAACUCAAGUUUUAGCUUCAAAUAAUGGUUCUAAUGGUCCUUUAAAAUUAAAUAAGAAAGACAAGAAAAAAAUCAUCGAAUCAAUCGAUGGAGAUGUUUUAUUAAAUACAACUCAAUCAUCAGCAACAGAUUCUACUUUACCUGAAAUUUCAACUUUUAUUGGCUCAUCAAAAUCAACAACAUCAUCAAAUGAUACAAAUAAUAAUAACGAAUCUAUUGAAAUUAAUGAAUCAAAAAGAAAAUUUAAGGAAGAAACUACUACUGAAAAUAUCAACAAAAAACAAAAAACUCAACACGUUGAAGCAAAUUCAUUGAAAGAUUCAGAUGUUACACCACCUCAUGCUCCACAAAAACAACCAAUACAACAGACGCCAACAAAUCUAAUGGGGUUUCUUAAUGGAAAUCAAAAAACUGGAAUAGUUAAAAGAAAAACAAAAACUAAAUCAACACCAAUUCAUGAUGUUAAACAAAGACAAAUUGGAUCUUUUUUUGAAAUUAAGACUAGACUGACAAUUGGAUCAUCAACUUCUAUAUUAACGUCAAUUGGAUCAAAAACUUCUGCAUUAACAACUCCUGGAUUAACAACUUCUGCAAUGAGAACUUCUGCAUUAACAACUUCUGGAUCAUCAGCUUCUGCAAUGAAAACAACUAAAUCAACAACAACUAUAUCAAAUAGUCCAGCAACUGAUGCUUUUAAUGAAUCAACAUCAGACCUGCAAUUGAAAAAUGAAGCCAAAUCAAUUCGAAAUUCUUUUCGAAACCAUCAAAUUUUUCUUAAAUCAACUGACUAUAAUCAUAAAGACGACAUUAAUUUUGCUUGUAAGAACCUAGUGAGAAUUUCAAAUGUACGCACUUUAAGUGCUAUGAUUAAUUCAUAUGAUUAUGUUAUGGUGCAAGAAUUAACACCUAAAUCAAAUUUAUGUUUAUCGAAUUUUUCAAAUUAUGAAACUAUAACGUCUUCUCCUAAUUCAAAAGCCGGUAUAAUAAUCAAAGUUAAAUCCAAUAAAUUCACAAUCAUUAAUAAACUUCAAAUAAACUCAAAAUUAAAACAACUGAAUCACAAAUUAAGGAUGGCUGAUUGCAUGAUCGAUGUCAGUGGAAAAAAAAUUGUGCUCAUCAGCAUAUAUGGUGAUGCUUAUUCUGAAGCUAACACAUCGAAGCUUAUUCUUGAUAUUGACGAUGCAAUUAAAGAAGUUUAUGGUAAAGAAAAAGAUGUUUUUCUUCAUUUUGGUGGUGACUUUAACUAUUCAUCAGAUGAAAGUCACGUGGUCUUUCCACGAGAACAUGAAAGAGUAUGUAGGAAUUCAUUCGAUCCACUUCAAAAAAGAUUAAAUUUAAUUGAUACAUUAGCAGAGUCAUAUAAAAAAUUUUAUGGUACAUUUUGGUCUUUGUUCAAUAUUAAAGAUCUCGAUCGAGAUUACUGUUCCAAAGAAUUAUAUGCAAGUUUUACCUCAUCAAGAAUUUUCAGUGAUUCAUAUAGUGAUCAUUUGGUUAAAGUUGGCAGUUACAAUGCCAAUUUAAAAACCGUAUCCAAAUUGGAAAUAAAAAUUGAAUCUGAUUUUGAUCAAUACAAACAAAAAUUAUUAAUUUUAAAAUCAAAACAAAAUGAAGUUGCAGAAGAUAAUUUGAUUCAAAGUUUUAUAGAGAACUACAAAGUAGCUCAAGUUGUUUCUUCACCAGACGAUGAUGAUGAAUUAGAAGAUCAGAAUGAGCUUCAAAAAUUAGAGAAUAUGAGAUCCAAAUAUAAUUUAAAAAAAUUUUCAACUGAUGAAGUUUUACACGUUAAACAAGAAUUUGGUCCAUGGUCAAAUGAAGAAAAAGUAAGAUUAAAUGAAUUAUAUAAUAUUUUUCAAAACAAUUGUCAGCUUAUAAGUAUGUUCUUGCUUACUAGAUCUAGACGCCAAAUUAGACGCCAUUUAAGAUCAAGCAGCCCAAAUUUAGUGAAAGGUUCUUUAUCAGAUGAUGAAAAAAAGAGAAUAGAUGAAAUGGUUAGUGAUGGUUUGACGACUAUUGAUAUAGCUGAUGAAUUGAAUAGAAGUCCAGGAGUAAUAAAAGGUUUCAUAUGUAAACAAAAUGAUUUAGCUAAAGGAUUCAAAGUUGGAGAAUACAGUGAUGAAGAGUCUGAAGAAAUUAAAAAUUUGGUUAUCAGUGGAAACUCAUUGGAUUAUAUUUCUGAACAUAUGAACAGAUCUCAUAGAUCAAUUUAUCACAAAGUAAGAAAACUUCAACAAGCAAUGGACCUCACACAAGAUGAAAAAUUAAAAGUUUAUGAUUUAUUUCUGAAUGAUAAAUCAAUCAAAUUUAUUGCUGCAUACUUAAAUAAGUAUGCGUCAGUUAUUGAUAAUUUUAUUAAUUCUGAUGAAUUUUUGGUAAUGAAUUAUGAUAUGGAUGUUAAUAAUGAUCCAACUGUAGAUGAUGAUGAUUUUACUACUGGUGCUGUUGAUAGAUAUACUGAAAUGCAAAAGGAUGAUGCUUCUUAUAGAACUUGGAACCAAGAAGAAUUAGAUAUUUUAAAAACCAGAGUAAAGGGAAGAUCUUAUAAGGCAAUUCAACAGGACCUUUUAUCUAGUGGCUUCGCUAGAAAAAUAGAAGGCAUAAAAGCCAAAUAUUAUUAUUUAAAAAAUUCAGUUAGUGAUAAUGAAGUUGAUGAAGUCUUUAAAGAAACUAGUGUAAAACCAUGGACGAAGAGAGAAGAGGAUAAAUUGAUCAAGCUUUAUAAAGAUUUUGGCAUAAAUUGGACUUUUUUCACCAGAUUUUUUGAUGGACGGACCCCAAAAUCUAUCAAGCAUCACUUCCAUAUCUUAAAUCAUGAUUUAUUUUUAGUUGAAGCUGAAGAAGAAUUUAAAUUAGUUAAUACCACUGAAUUAGAAAGAAUGGAACAAGAUUUAGGGGAAGUCAAAUUUAAAAUUCAGUUAAAUGUCAAAGACGUCGAUGUAAACAAUGAACAAAAUGAAGAGAAUAUUGAAGACGACAUUUUUUUCGAUGUUGGUGAUGAAUAUAAUGAAGAUGAAGAUGAAGAUUAUGAAUAUGAAGAAGAUGAAACUGGUGCUACUGAAAAUUUGAAAAAUAUCAAAUCAUAUAAUCGAUCAUGGCUGGGACUUGAUAACAAAAGAUUAUUAUCACUUGGAAAAGUUUUUAGAAAUUGGUCAAGAGUAGUUGGAUGGGAAUUAUUUGGCGAUAGAAAUGCUAUACAAAUUGGUACCCAAUAUUGGAGAUUAAAGUCCAAGAAUGAAACUGAAUUAAAGAAAUUUCUUAAUCCUUCUUUGGAAGAAAAAAUUACAAAAUUGUAUGAUUGGAAUGAUCACUUGGAUGAGCUUAUAAUCCGAAAACACGAAAUGGGUCAGUCAUAUCCUCAAAUUGUUGCAAGCGAAGAAUUUGAAAAUAUAGUUUGGAAUGCUAUUAGUUUCCGCUAUCUCAAUACUUUGACAAAAAAUAAAAAUUUUUAUUUGGUUGAAUUUCUUGAUGGUGAUUUUAGAAAAAUUUCUGAACCUCAUUUGGACUACUUACAUUCAGAUGGCAUUAAUCUUCAACAAAUAGAAUUGUUUAGUGAAUCAUCUGAAUCAUUUAAUGUUCCUAACCAUAAUGCUAUACCAGGAUUUUCAUCAGAAAUGGCUAAAAGGUUGAAUAAGAUUGCCAAAAUAACAACUAAUUGGAUUUUAAUUUCAAAAUUUUUCAACUCCAAUUAUACACCUGUGCAAUUAAAAAGUCAAUGGUGUAGGCAACAAGAAGAACCAAUUUAUUUGGUAGAAAUAAAUUAUGAAUUUUCUUUAAAAACUGAAUCAGAAGUGAAAGAUUUAGAGUUAGAUGGAAAAACAUUUGUGUCUUAUAAUACUACCGAUAGAUCAACAUCACCACUUGAAUCAUUAACUGAUAAUUCAUGGUCAAAUGUGGACAAUGCCAGGUUGCGUAGUUUACAAAAGGUUUACCCACAAUGGAAGUGGGUUUCAGGGAAAAACAUAUUUCCUGGAAGAAGUAAAGCUUCACUUAGCAACCAAAGUACAAAGAUUACCAUGGGACGUAUUUAA